GUAGAGAUUGCCAAACAACAAGCCACGGAGGAGCGCAAUGAGUGGUGUGUGUUUUGUGUGUAUGUGGUUUAUUGCGACAGUUGUCUAGGUGUGCUUGGCAGAGGCAAUUGGUGACUGUGUUUGUUGAAGGACAUAACCAAGUAGGUGAACUCUCUCUGUUCAUUUCUCUCCAUGUGUCUCUCUAUCUCUCUCCUUUCUCUGUUUGUUUUUGUUGUGUGUGUGUGCCUAUUCUCUCUCUGUCUGUUGUGUUGUGGGAGGGUGAGGCGGGCCACUGGCCAGCCAUAUAAUUGGACAUGAUAAAUAUAGUGGUUUCCUGUGGUGGGGUUGAGAGCUAGCCAGUGGGCUGUAGCCAGUGUGAAAGCAAUGCCAGAUGAGGUGUGAACUGUGAACCAAAAUGAACAUUUGAGACUUUCUUUCACUUUCCCUAUCUCUGCAAAGCGAUGUGUGAGAGUGUGAGAGAAAUCAAAAAUAAUAAAAGGAGACAGCCGAUAAGAGGAGAGGGCGAAAAAGGGGUAGUUGAUAGACAGCGAAUCUGGAAACUUGUCGUGUCAGCUUAACAUUGAAUGGUUGCCUCUUCAGAUUUGGCCAUUUUCACCUGGCAAAGAUGGACAAGGGCAACAUGGGCCCCAAGAAGACGUUUGUGUCCACUUUUCGGAUGGACUUUAAGCCUGCCGCCCCUCAGUUUGUGUUGAAAGGGAUCAAGAAUGGGCUGGAGGAUCGGGGCACUGCUCAGGGGGGUAGCAGCAAGCAGGGAACUAUAUCAACAGGUAAGGAAUCCGUUUGAACUAUUUUAAAUCAAUGGAAUCAGGUUUACUGUUGUCAUCAAUCAGAUAUUUCUGGCUCUAGAAGAAUGGGACUCAGACCUUCUUUAAAAAUAGCAUAGUGCUUUAUCGUAGCAAUGGCAGUGAUCAUUUUAGCCAUCAUUUUGUAGUUACAGUUGAAGUCGGAAGUUUACAUACACCUUAGCCAAAUGCAUUUAAACUCUGUUUUUCACAAUUCCUGACAUUUAAUCCUAGUAAAAAUUCACUGUCUUAGGUCAGUUAGGAUCAUCACUUUAUUUUAAAAAUGUCAGAAUACUAGUAGAGAGAAUUAUUUAUUUCAUCACAUUCCCAGUGGGUCAGAAGUUUACAUACACUCAAUUAGUAUUUGGUAGCAUUGCCUUUAAAUUGUUUAACUUGGGUCAAACGUGUCGGGUAGCCUUCCACAAGCUUCCCACAAUAAGUUGGGUGAAUUUUGGCCCAUUCCUUCUGACAGAGCUAGAAUAGUUAGCAUACUAGCUAGCCAUUGCUUUCUGCCAACGAAAAAAAAAACUCUUCCCACGGCACGAACACACAGAGAGAGCCAAGCUAACGUUAACUAGUCACCCAUGUCCCGAAUUCCCUUGAACGACUCUGGUUACCAGUAUGUAAAAACAAAACACAAAUGUAGGUUAUAACUUACCCCUAGCAGCUACUGUUAGCUAGCCAAGUGCAAAGCUAGCCACUGAAUCGACUCAGCCAGUUCGCGUCUGUUUGCUAGGUCGUUCCAGCUAUUGUUUAGUAGCUAUCCAGGUAGCAACAAGCUAGCUACAUUUCGAGUACAGUAGCUACUUACUACCUAACGUUAACGCUUCAGACAAUGAGGUUAGAAUAACAGCUGAAUGGUAGGCAGCUAGAUGGCGUAAUUACAGGUACUCUUAAGCGUGAAACAACUAUCCACAGUUGCUAAUAGUUACCAGUAGCUACCCGCUAGCUAGUCUAGGUAGUGGGUUAGCUAGCCUCGUGCUUCACCGGGCUCAGCCGAAUACAAUACUUACAAUACUUACAUACAAUAACCUACGAUAACUACAAUAACCUACGAUGACUACCUACAAUACCUAACUACAAUCUAAAUACAUAGUUUAAGCUUUACUCGACACCAUAUAAGCCAUAUAAGCUUAUAUAAGCUUAUAUAAGCUAUAUAAGCCAAGCUUACCUCCCACCAGAGAGAGACACAACCUCACCCGACGACUGCAACGUUGAUAAAAUGAUGUCAAUUAGCCUAUCAGAAGCUUCUAAAGCCAUGACAUCAUUUUCUGGAAUUUUCCAAGCUGUUUAAAGGCACAGUCAACUUAGUGUAUGUAAACUUCUGACCCACUGGAAUUGUGAUACAGUGAAUUAUAAAUGAAAUAAUCUGUCUGUAAACAAUUGUUGGAAAAAUGACUUGUGUCAUGCACAAAGUAGAUGUCCUAACCGACUUGCCAAAACUAUAGUUUGUUAACAAGAAAUGUGUGGAGUGAUUGAAAAACGAGUUUUAAUGACUGCAACCUAAGUGCAUGUAAACUUCCGACUUCAACUGUAUGUGGGAGUUUUUGGGCAUUGGUCCUAUGUGAAUCUCAUUGAUUGAACUCUUUGCCCUGAAGAACAAGAACUCUGUUUAGGACAUUUGAGCAACUGACCCUCACUGAUCAUCCUAAACCUAAUUAGCAUAUGAUUCAGAGGUGUUUGCAUGACUCUCGAGGUAAGCAAGCCCCUAGACUAGUGCUGUAUGUUCGCUGUUAUUAUCCUACCUUACUGUAUGGCCAGAAGGCUCUUUUUUGUUUUGUUGAUUUGACAAUAUCAACAUGGUCAAAUGUAUUUGUGUUAUCUAUGCAACUGCACCUUAUAAAAUGUUCAAAUAAUUCCGGUUAUAAUUAUUACAUGUGUUGAAUGCAUGAGCCUUUUGCCAAAACAUUGGUGAUGUAAAAUAAAUAACACUAUAUACAAUGCAGAAUACAACCUUCAUUAGGGGUUCAAGCCAGCGAAGCUGCCUUAUAUUUAAAUCUAAAAAGGAUUACAUUUGUUUGUCUUUCCCUGCUGAUCUACCCAACGAACAUUUAUAAAAAAACACAAAUGUAUUGAUUCCAUAUGUCCUCAAACCCCAGAGUUAAAGAAGCACUCCAGAACUGUUUCUGUUGAAAAACAAUAUCCCACGUAUAAAUACAGUAAUGUACACACAUUUAAGGGUAAAAACAAUUAUUUUGAGCAAAAUAGUGUUUUUUAGACACAACUGCAAACUUCAAGGAGUAGGCCAUUCAAGGAGUUGGUCUGAUAGUGUGCUCUGAUGUCAUCGGCCUCCCCGCUUGCUUAAGGAACAAUAGAGGACCAAAAGAGAGCGAAAGAGGAAAGGCCCACCCCCCCAUUUGUGCAAUGACAUGAGGAUACCUGGACCACCUAUUGAGAUAUGCCUUUUGUUAAGUAAAUCAGGUGAACAAGUUCUGACCAUAGCCUUUCGCUUUGAAAUUAGUCAACUCGAUAGAGGGCGGUUCAGAGAAACCACACUUAAUUGCUCCGAAAUGAGUGAAGACGGUGGAGUGUGGGUAGUGUUAUAACCACACUCGAUCGCUUUGAAAUGAGUGGAGAUGGUGGAUUACGGUUAAUGUCUGGGGGAUUUUCAUAGUGGGUGGCCUAACUUGAUUAUAAAAGGGAGGACUAGAAUGAUAGGAAAUUAUUAUUAUUUUAAAUGCUAAAGAUCUGCUAGACUUGUUAGUAUUCUGAGGUAGUUUUACUUACAACCUGGGGAGCUAGUUAUGCAUUAAGGUGUUUGAUGCCGCUACUGUGUGCAGGUGUACUGCCGUUAGCGCAAGACGAAUUGUUACUCUAACUUACAAGAAGUUAACAUUUUAUCGAAUCAUACUAUUGAGUGAACUGCUGUAUUUGUAUUACUUUGAUGGUUAUUAUUAUUAGUUUAAAUGUUCUAGAACGUAUUUUUUUAUUAGUGUUAGCUUUUCUCCUCUCUCAGCCCACAAUACGAACUAACAGGAAGUCCUUUAGAGUUAGCCCUGGCUUGGGCAGUAAUGUCACCAUUAAAGAGUGAGUGGGAUAAUUUGGAAUUCAAAUUCCAAAGUUCCCGUGUCAUUCCAGGAAUAGAGUGUCUUUUGGGUAGUGUAGUUUUGUAAAAGAUAACUGUUUAUUUCACCUCAUUUUAACAUUCCGUCAUAAAGAGCACAUGUUGAACUUCAUAACAAACAUGUUUUCUUAUCUCCAGAGGUUAAAUUAAGAAAAAUGAAAAAUAUGAAAAGUAACAUCCUGACCGUAACAGGGUUGACCGUAACAGUUAAUCUUAAAUGUAACUGAAUGUAAUCGAACAUGUAAUCUACGUAAUCCCCAAAAGUCAUUAUUUAUCAUGAGAGGGCCUUAAACAAUAACUAGUAAUGCUGCAUACUCCAAGAAAGGUUAAAAUCUCACCUUUCUGGUAAAAAUAGUUACAAAUUGCUUCGUUGUACUUUUGAGGACACAAGCUCAAGUACACAGUACAAAUAUUAUAAAAAUAUGAAAUAUGUUAUAUGACGUAUUUCCUACUCAACAAAACGGUACGAAUAAGGUUUGAAAUUACAUUUUUUCGAAAUACACUAUAUAUACAAAAGUAUGUGGACAUCCCUUCAAAUUAAUGGAUUCGGCUAUUUCAGCCACACCUGUUGCUGACAGGUGUAUAAAAUCGAGCACACAGCUGUGCAAUCUUCAUAGACAAACGUUGGCAGUAGAAUGUCCUUACUAAAGAGCUCAGUGACUUUCAACAUGGCACUAUCAUAGAAUGCCACCUUUCCAACAAGUCAGUUCGUCAAAUUUCUGCCCUGGUCAACUAUAAGUGCUGUUAUUGUGAAGUGGAAAUGUCGAGGAGCAACAACGGCUCAGCCGCGAAGUGGUAGGCCACACAAGCUCACAGAACGGGACCGGCGAGUUCUGAAGCCCGCAGCACGUAAAAAUGGUCUGUCCUCGGUUGCUACACUCACUACCAAGUUCCAAACUGCCUCUGGAAGCAAUGUCAACACAAGAACUGUUCGUCGGGAGCUUCAUGAAAUGGGUUUCCAUGGCCGAGCAGCCGCACACAAGCCUAAGAUCACCAUGCGCAAUGCCAAGCGUCGGCUGGUGUGGUUUAAAGCUCGCCGCCAUUGGACUCUGGAGCAGUGGAAAUGCGUUCUCUGGAGUGAUGAAUCACGCUUCAUUAUCUGGCAGUCCGACGGACGAAUCUGGGUUUUGGCGGAUGCCAGGAGAACGCUACCUGCCCCAAUGCAGAAUGCCAACUGUAAAGUUUAAUUACAUUUACAUUUUACAUUUUAGUCAUUUAGCAGACGCUCUUAUCCAGAGCGACUUACAGGAGCAAUUAGGGUUAAGUGCCUUGCUCAAGGGCACAUAGACAGAUUUUUCACCUAGUUGGCUCGGGAAUUAGAACCAGCAACCUUUCGGUUACUGGCACAACGCUCUUAACCACUAAGCUACCUGCCGCCCCGGAGGAGGAAUGAUGGAGGAGGAAUGAUGGAGGAGGAAUGAUGGUCUGGGGCUGUCUUUCAUGGUUCGGGCUAGGCCCCUUAGUUCCAGUGAAGGGAAAUCUUAACGCUACAGCAUACAAUUACAUUUUAGACGAUUCUGUGCUUCCAACUUUGUGGAAACAGUUUGGGGAAGGCCCUUUCCUGUUUCAUCAUGACAAUGCCCCCGUGCACAAAGCGAGGUCCAUAAAGAAAUGGUUUGUCAAGAUCGGUAUGGAAGAACUUGACUGGCCUGCACAGAGCCCUGACCUCAACCCCAUCGAACACCUUUGGGAUGAUUUGGAACACUGACUGUGAGCCAGGCCUAAUCGCCCAAUGUCAGUGCCCGACCUCACUAAUGCUCUUGUGACUGAAUGGAGGGGGAAGCUUGUUGUGUGCAAUUGAACGCAAGCUUAACAAAACAUUUCUAGCCUACCUAUCUAUGGGUAAUAGGGUUGGCGUGUUAUGCUCAAUGUUGGCAUGUAUACUUAGUUUUCCACCACAAAACACCAGAAAAUGGGCAGAAAGAGUAGAACCAGCUCACUGGUUAAGUGCACAGUGAUGAGCUUCAUGCAAAAUUCAAAUAAAUAUUGAAAGCAUUAUUUCAGUGCUGGUGACAUGAUGAUCAGUGCUUGGCUGCCAAUUAUCAAAUAAAAAUGAUAUUGCUCUUAUUGAGGAAACUCGUUCGAGGAAUUAUUAUUAUUCAAGCGAUUGUAAGGAAGAUCACUCUCAGGAUGAACCCGGAGAGUAACUUCCAGGAUAUAGCGGAAAAGAACUCUCAGGAUAUACCGGAAAGGAUCUCAAAGAUUUUACAAUCACACAGUCUUUAUAUACUUCAUCUACACAAAGAGUUAUACCACCUUCUUGGGGGAGGUAAACUACUAAUAAGAGAUAAGUGUAAUUGGCUCCACUUCCUUAGAAAAAUAGUACAAUAACAGGUUGUAGUAACCAGUUCUCACAGCCUAUAUGUCUAAGAUAGAGGAGUGAUAAGAUAUUUAAAGCCUAACCAGAGGAAACUACAUUUCAGCCUGGCUUUUAGUGCCCUAUAGACAAUGAGCCAGUAAUAAAUUACUCCUCUGUGCGGUAUGUAAAGAGGUUACUGGACAGAUGUGGAAAUGUACCAGUGAAUAGCACUACUCAACUCAAGCAUUUAGAAAGCGUUAGACUGCAACAAACCAAUUUUGCGCCAACACUCUAAUCCAUAUCUCAUCAUGUAACCUACCGUCCUACCCUGUCGACUUUAUCAGCGAACUGUUUAUAGAGCAUGUGCCAAAACCAAAUUGGGCAAGUGUGCUAUUUAUCUCAACAGUUUUUGUGACAAAACCAUCAGUAGAGUUGAAAAUGUGAUGGAAACACACUGAGCUUCUGUUUUGUAUUCGGUACAUGGAAUCUUUAAGUAUUUUUAUACUACGUCAACACACACAGCUUUUUAUCCGCAAGUCUGUUUGAUAGAAAACACACCUCUGGUGGGAAAAUGUGCAAAUACUGUAUUUUUUAUGCAGAUUUUAGAAUAUUUGCUGAAAAUCUGUCGCCAAUUGGAUGGAAACCUAGCUACUGACAUGAAAGGCACUUCAUUCUUGGAAUGACCCUCCCGCUUCCAGGUGUGAAUAGCAUGUGACACUAUUUAUUAUCCUUACAUUUGCCUAGGAUGUGGUGUGUUGGUCUAUGGUGUUUAUUUACAUGUAUUUGGUGGGUACUGCUCGAUGGGGCCUCUUGUGUUCCAGAAAAUAAACUAACCGUCAUCUGUCCACGGAAGGCACCUCACUUCACAGAGCCUCUGCAGGACCGCACAGCGGAGGAGGGAAGUGACUUCACAAUUCAAGGUAUUAUCACAGGAAGUCAGCCCCUCAGCUUUUCCUGGUUACACGAAGGUGAGAGGGCAACCCUCAGGUUCCUGGCGACAACAUGUCAUAUUUUAUCUUUCAUAACAAAGGAAAUACUUUUUAGAUGACCAGCACGCACUCUAAGGCUGCAUCCCAAUUCUAUAUCCUUUUCCUGAAGUGUGCACUUGCACACUGACUGUCAUGGAUUUAAAAGCUUUGGAUGGUGUAAGCAUUAGCUGGAGUGAAUUUCCACAAUUGAAAAAUCCAUUAAAGGGAGUUUGCAAAUGCACGUUUCGGAAGGAGGGUAGAUAAUUGGCACCCUUUUUUUUUUUUUUUCACCUCUGGAGCCUCUGAAACCAGUAUAUCAAUGUUCUACAUAAAGCUUCUGUCUACCUCUUUAUCUAUUGUCUUCACAAAACAAUGGAACAGAAAAAGAAACAAUCGCCAAGACUAGUGACAAGAAGUUCCCCAGUCAGUCCUCAGACAAGGAAGUGGAGAGUAGAAGUACAAGAGCCUCCUCCACUCCUCAACACACAAGUACCCACAGAGACGAGAAGGGGAUAGGUACAAUUCACACCGUUCAUUUCAAAUCCUAUUUAUCUUCAACUUUGUACCCUCUACAUUAUAUAUUUUGUUAGUUUCUUCCUUCUAUCCUUUCUUUCUUUCCACCCCUCAUUGUUUCCUCCUUCCUCACUCUCUCUAGUCACUGAUUGGUUGAAAGCAGUGCAGGGGAAACCACCCCUUUAUUUAUCCAAUAAUGUCAGGUCAGUGACAAUUUAAAAGGGGGCUGAACGUCCUGAUUUAGCCUCGUUUUUCGGCUUGGUCAUUAAGAAAUGCAGCGGACAUGACUGAAGCCAAAUGAGAGUGGGGGGGGGGGGCUUUAAUGUGGGUGUCUCUUGUGUGUGUGUGUUCGCAGUUGGCAAGCAUUUGUACAUUGACUUUGCCAAAACAGUACACAGUUACAGUCACUCAUCCUUCUAUAUAACUUGAAACAGUCUAACCAGGUCUUGUGUCUUGAAGUCACCUAGGCUAGCUAGUGCUAGCCAACUUCUUUCACCAAUUAGCUUCAGCCAGCUGGUUUGCACAUCUUUUAGUUGUCUCAUUAAAUGCUUUCAAUAUUUGUAUAUUCAUUUCUACAGUUUAUAGUUGUUUUGAGGUUUAUAAGUCUUAUUUUUUUUACUGAUGGUUCCUAACUAGCCCCAUAGGGAUAUUGAAUGUCAAACCAAAUUGACCAUGGGCAUUAAGAUUAGGUCGCUUGCAGAUACACUCUGAAUUGAUGAUUACUUGGGUGCUGCCAGCUGUGGGCAGGAUUGAAAUAAACCCAACCCAAGGAAAACUGUUGAGGUACCCUUCAUUCCGUGACAUACAAUUUCUUCCUAUCAUCUCGCAAAUCUCAGUUUUGGACGAGACUGACUUUUUGACCAAAAAUACCCUAUUUACACUUUGUAGUUAAUUUUGACAGUUAAAUAAAUGUUUCUGACUCAUAUCGAUGCCACAGUCCGUUUUCAAAAACGAGAAGUUGCUGGAAGGAAAGAGGGAGGCAUGGAAGGAAAGAGGGAGGCAUGUAAAAAGCAUUUGAACUGGGUGUCAGAGUUUUUGUACGGGGAAAUUCAAGGGGUUUUCUCACAUAUGGCGAAUCAAAGAUGAUCUAUUAUACUGACAAGAUGGAAAUACAUGUCCUCAAAAAUGGAAGGCAGGCGGGAUCAGGUGGGACCAUUCUAACCAAUUAGAGGGCAGAUACGCAGGCAUAACUCAGAUAAAAUGUUGUUUUUGUUGUUGAAAUGCCACGUGUCCACUUAUCAAUGCAUUAGUAACAACCUAAUAAGUAAGCAUUUCACUGUAAUGUCUACACCUGUUGUAUUCGGCGCAUGUGGCCAAUAAAAUUUGAUUUGAUUUUAUCAUUAAAAAACAUAUUAGAUCAAAUUAGCAAUUAAUUUAUUGUUGACCAGAUUUGACACUUUCAUUGACCUCCAUACAAAAUGUAUUCGCUUUGUGGUCUAAUUUUCAUGAAAAAAAUGUUGGUGGACUAAACCCUCUCGCUUCACGUCUUUCUCUCUGGCUGAAUUCCAACUGACGAAUAGUCCAUACUCCUUUGAUAGGUGGAAUCAUAGAGCUAGAUAGAGGACCCAUCUUUAUAUAUGUGCCAUUAUAGCGUCUGUGACACCAUGGGCAGCACCAUUGAGGUUACAACCGAUAGGAAUCUACUUUAAGAAGGCAGAAGCAUCGUGGAAACCCUCAAUGGUGCUGCCCAUGCUAAAACAGCCUUUGGGCCACUAGAGGCCUCUAUCAUUCUCAAUGGGUGGAAUCAAUAUGGCAACAUUUUCACCCAGCCUAUUAGUGUAGUUCAUUACUAUCAGCUGGUUCUAUUUCAGUGAUUUCAGCCAAUCAUUAGUCAUCACAAACAAAUUGGUUCAACCCUCAACCACUCUUGAUAUCCUGUUUGAUACCUACCUGUCCAAGGGAAGAUCUCAAUUGCAUACUCCUCGCGCCUCGUCUUCUUCUCAAAACCCAUUGGUGGAGAAGUUCAGAGGGACGGGACCUCUGGCUUUCUUAUCCAAUGGUUUUUGAGAAGGACACGAUGAAGGGAGAAGAUGGCGGAAAAGGAAAUAAGGAAGAAAGGGUUAUGAAUAAACAUGGAGUGGGGGAUUGCACAGGCCUUCUGAAAGAUCUGGUGAAGGAGAAGAUGAUGGACAUGAAAAAAAGGAGAGACAAUUUUUGAAUGAAUAUGGAAUGGAGGAUCGCACAGGACUUUUGGAAGAGCUUGAGGAGGAAAUGGGACAGGACAAGAGUGAGGAUGAAUUCAAUGUGGUGGCAGGUGCAGUGAUGACUGCUGAGAAGAAGUUGAGUGUAGAGGGAAGUAGUGAGGUGAGGAAGGUUGGCGUCAAAUGCAAGAACAGGGAUACGUGCUCCAAUAGUUCAGAGAUGGAACUUGUUGAGAAUGAGGGUGAACUACCUGCGGCGAGGAUCGCCGAAGAGAAUGGAUCCUUGCUGUUUGGUUGAUCCAUAUGUGGUGUCAGGUUGGGUGGAGGAGAGGUUGGGGGACUAUUGAGUUGGUGAAUGUGACUUGGAGUGGAUUCAUGAUGAUUUAUUGUGUUUCCUCCACCCAGAGGAAGAGGGCGCUCCAGAUUACGAGAUUAGGGACAAGACUUGUGACGUGCUUUGCUCUCUGGAGCAUGAUAACGGGGGUGGCAUUAAGUGUUGAUGAGGAGAAGUUGAAAUUGAAGAUUCCUGGUGUCUGUGACGCCCGCCACUUGAUGAGACGUAGAUUCAGUGGGGAAACGGAGAAGACAUUAUGUCAUGCUGAGUUUUGAUGCAGAGUCGUUACCAGAUACAGUUGAAGUCGGAAGUUUACAUACACCUUAGCCAAAUACAUUUAAACUCAGUUUUUCACAAUUCCUGACAUUUAAUCCUAGUAAAAAUUCGCUGUCUUAGGUCAGUUAGGAUCAUCACUUUAUUAUUAUGUCAGAAUAAUAGUAGAGAGAAUGAUUAAUUUCAGCUUUUAUUUCUUUCAUCACAUUCCCAGUGGGUCAGAAGUUUACAUACACUCAAUUAGUAUUUGGUAGCAUUGCCUUUAAAAUCUUUAACUUGGGUCAAACGUUUCGGGUAGCCUUCCACAAGUUUCCCACAAUAAGUUGGGUGAAUUUUGGCCCAUUCCUCCUGACAGAGCUGGUGUAACUGAGUCAGGUUUGUAGGCCUCCUUGCUCGAAACACGCUUUUUCAGUUCUGCCCACACAUUUUCUAUAGGAUUGAGGUCAGGGCUUUGUGAUGGCAUCUCCAAUACCUUGACUUGUUGUCCUUAAGCCAUUUUGCCCCAACUUUGGAAGUAUGCAUGGUGUCAUUGUCCAUUUGGAAGACCCAUUUGCGACCAAGCUUUAACUUCCUGACUGAUGUCUUGAGUUGUUGCUUCAAUAUAUCCACAUAAUUUUCCUUCCUCAUGAUGCCAUCUAUUUUGUGAAGUGCACCAGUCCCUCCUGCAGCAAAGCACCCCCACAGCAGGAUGCUGCCACCCCAGAGCUUCACGUUUGGUAUGGUGUUAUUCGGCUUGCAAGCAACCCCUUUUUCCUCCAAACACAAUGAUGGUCAUUAUGGCCAAACAGUUCUAUUUUUGUUUCAUCAGACCAGAGGACAUUUCUCCAAAAAGUACAAUCUUUGUCCCCAUGUGCAGUUGCAAACCGAAUUGCUGCAAAGAAACCACUACUAAAGGACACCAAUAAGAAGAAGGUGUGGGUCAACGGAUGAUCUCCGCAUGUGUAUUUCCCACCGUAAAGCAUGGAGGAGGAGGUGUUAUGGUGUGGGGGUGCUUUGAUGGUGACACUGUCAGUGGUUUAUUUAGAAUUCAAGGCACACUUAACCAGCAUGGCUACCACAGCAUUCUGCAGCGAUAUGCCAUACCAUCUGGUUUGGACUUAGUGGGACUAUAAUUUGUUUUUCAACAGGACAAUGACCCAACACACCUCCAGGUUGUGUAAGGGCUAUUUUACUAAGAAGGAGAGUGAUGGAGUACUGCAUCAGAUGGCCUGGCCUCCACAAUCCCCCGACCUCAACCAAAUUGAGAUGGUUUGGGAUGAGUCGUACCGCAUAGUGAAGGAAAAGCAGCCAACAAGUGCUCAGCAUAUGUGGGAACUCAAGACUGUUGAAAAAGCAUUCCAGGUGAACCUGGUUGAGAGAAUCCCAAGGGUGUGCAAAGCUGUCAUCAAGGCAAAGGGUGGCUAUUUGAAGAAUCUCAAAUAUGACAUUAUAUACUGUAUAUAUAUAUAUAUAUUUGUUUAACACUUUUUUUUGGUUACUACAUGAUUCCAUAUGUGUUAUUUCAAAGUUUUGAUGUCUUCACUAUUAUUCUACAAUGUAGAAAAUAGUAAAAAUAAAGAAAAACCCUUGAAUGAGUAGGUGUUCUAAAACGUUUGACCGGUAGUGUUUACUAAAUAAUAUAUAUGUGUGAAAUUAGUUUUGAUUUAGGUUGGACCAUUAUCAUGCACCUGUCUCGAAACAGGGGCAGCUGAAAAAAAUAAACGUAAUCUAUGCACUUAAAUAGCGAAUAGAGGACGGUUUUCUCAUGGUUCAUUUUCAUGCCAGCCAGGUAGGCUAUACUCCUGUUGUAAAGAGUAGCAAUGUGCUUAUAUUAGGAAAGUUGAGAAAUAAAUAUAGUAGGCCUAGCCUAUAGAAAGCUGAUGGGAUCCUCCUCUUUUUAAAAGAGGCAUUCACUUUGUUUUCUCAUGCAAUUGCAUAGCCUAUAGAGUUGUUGCACAACAUGAGCUCAUAGGCUCUCAUUAAGUGUUUGAUGAGAUUUUCAAUUACAUUUGCAUUGAUGUCAGAGUGAUUAGAGGGACAAUAGAGUGCUGAGUACCAGGCAGAUAGCAAGUUUGGUAGGCUACUAAUGACCAUCAGCAGCAUCAGAGCUUGGAGAAGCCUAAUUACCGUGACUAAACCGUAACGUGGAAUUUGACUGCCGUCAUAACUGCUGGUGUGACAGUAAUACCUCACCGUAACAGCCCUAGAAUAAUGCACCUAAAAGUUGGAUGCGAUCUGCCAACCAAAUCCCAAAGAAGGAGAAGAUGAGACAGGAGAGUUGAUGCGAGUAGUAUGCAAUUGCGAUCUUCCACCCCCCCCCCCCCCCCCCAAAAAAAGUAAUAAAAGUAAUUGAUAUCUUCCCAUAGUCAAUCACCCAUGUAAUGUGACACUUUUCUUUUCAGAUAUCACCCCAAAGAGAAGAGUAUCCACUGAAAAGGGUGAGUUUAUCCAUUGACAACUGCUUAGUCUUCCAGUCAGAUUUAGAAUAACAAGUAUCAAGACAAAGGCCCUCCUAUUCGCAUGGGUUUCACUGAACACUUAAAGUACCAAGAAAAGUCAAACUUUACCCAACUUGAAAUAUGCUUCAAACCGGCAGUUUGCAUGCUUUGCAAAAAGAGUUGAGCUUAGUGAUGUAAUGUUAACUACUCGUUGUCUCUGCCUCUUCCAGGUCCCCUGCUGGAGUUUCUGGACCCCCAAGAGCAGUUGGAUGUGCGGGUGGGAGGGCAGGCCAGACUCCACUGUGCCUUCAGGAGCUGUAGUUUUCCUGUGGCAUCCUGCUGGAUCUACAACAGAGAGCAGGUCUGUGUUGAAUUGGCUUGGGGUCACACACACACACCCCAUAGUUUUAUCACAAGUGUUGUGUACCUGUAUGUGUACUUUGACUGAAUUUAUUAGGUAACUUCAAUCUUCUCCAUCUAUGCAGGUGGUUGUAGGCAGGCCGAGGACUCGUGUAGAGAGCAGUGACACUGACAGCUGUGUGGAGAUAUCUCAAGCUUGUCCAGAUGAUGCGGGUACAUACACUAUAUUGGUGCAGAAUCGCAGGGGCUCGGCUCAGCACACAGUCACCCUCAGUGUUAUCGGUGAGUAUCUGGGGCGUGUUCAUGAUAACUAAAGUUAAAUUCAAUAAACCAGGGUCGUAUUCAUUAAGCACCAAAUGAAAGAAAAUGUUCUGAAACAGAGAGGGACUAGCUGAACAAUAAGAACUGUUUGUUUUAGUUUUUUGUUGCAAAAUAUUUCGCUACAGUGUACACUAAUGAAUACGACCCUGCCUUAUUCCCAAAUGACAAUUAAUGCUGAUAGAUUGCAUUACCGCAUCAUAAUACCAAUGAGCCUCAAUUCUGAUCAGAACAAGACGAGAUGGUUAUUCACACGUAACAAUUCCAAGAAUAGUCCUGCUAGUAAACUCAAUGUCAACGAACCCUACGGUUCGGGGAAGAUGUCCUCAUCUUGAAUAAUCUUGUUCAGGGUGAAGUAGGAAAAGCUCACAGCUGCUGACCUCGACUACGUCAAAAGAGGUUAUGCAUUUGAUCUCUCGGAGCUCAAUGCCUUCCAUCUAAAGUUGACCAUGGGCCCUGUUCCAAUACUUUUAAAUGGCUUCCUUUCUUCUUUCCUACAUUGAGGUAACUUCACUGCUCUAACAUGACUGAACUAAUGAGUGAAGUAAAGUAUUAGGAAACCACAUCUGCCUUGGGCCCUGUUCCAAUUCUAUAUCACAUCUACCUUGGAUCUUGUUCCAAUGCUUUCAAAUGGCAUCCUUCCUUAGGAACCCAAAUCCACCACACCAGUCAUGUCAGAUCAGUACUUACAAAAGGAAAGAUAACAUAUUCUCACAGGCUCUGUGUUUGUCUCCCUGUCUUCUCAGACCGGCCACACCCUCCGGCAUCUAGUCCUGUGGUCUCCCAGCUCUCCUCCCGCUCCCUGGUCCUGUCCUGGUCGGGGCCCAGCUACGACGGGGGCAGUGCCGUCACAGGCUACGUGGUGGAGGUGAGACGAGAAGGCCCAGAGAAGCCUGAGGACUGGAGUGAGGUGACGACCCGCUGCAAGAACACCUCGUACCGGGUCCGCUCGGUCGUGGAGCCCCUAGGGGAGUACCGCUUUCGUGUUCGGGCCUACAAUUCAGCGGGUGUCAGUGAGCCGAGUGAGGAGUCGGACUGUGUCAAGAUGGACACCAGAGGUUGGUGGAUAUUGAUUUUCUCCAAACAGUGACUUUGGUGAUUACUACCAGUUUUGAUCUUAAAACAGUUGUUGAUCUGACUCGUUGUCUCUGUCUAUUGGUUUUUCCUUGAAAUGUCUUAUAUCUACAUUCUGUUGAAUUCAACUACAAAUAUUCAGUAGUUCUUGUUGACUAAUCAUGAUUCUGUGCUUUUGAAGUAGAGUCAAAAGAGGAAUCCCAAUCGUAUGUGACUGUCACCAUUGACACCACGCACAAAAUCAAGGAUCAUUACAAUGUGCAUGAGAAGCUGGGAGUGUAAGCAUUAGAUGGUCACUCACUCACUAUAUUGACUGAUUGCUGAACUGGGUCAUGUUCAGUUGGCAUGAAACGGAACAAAACUGUCAAACUGAAGUACUAUCUGGGUUGUAUUAAUUUGUGAUCAUCAUAGUAAACGAAAAGCGACAAUGAGUGUUCUCAUUGGACAAGUUCAGGUAGUCCCUCCCAGUUUUGUUCAGUUUUCUUCUCUUUGGUGUCUAGUGAAUAUGACCAUGAACUUGUCUAUUUUCAUUUUCUGUGGCAACGCAUUUUAAAACACUUAAACGUUUUGCUACUGUGUGUCCUAAUGAACACAACCCUGCUAACUGCCUAUUGGAACCUCAACAGGGGGAAGUUUGGCCACGUCUUCAGGCUGAGUCACAAGGAGACAGGUCAGGUGUGUGCAGGGAAGUUCUACCGGGCCCAUGGCUCCAAGGCGAAGGCUGCGGCGCGCAGGGAGAUCGAGCUGAUGAACUGCCUCCACCACCCCAAGCUGGUGCAGUGCCUCGGGGCCUAUGACACCCGCUCCGAAAUCAUCAUGGUGAUGGAGUAGUAAGCACAGCCAGGUCCAAUCAUUUAGAUUAGUUAUGUAUUAAUAAUUUGAAUGUUGUAUUUGUAUUGAUGUCUUUACUGAGUUGCCAUUACAAUAUAAUGUGUGGUUCUCUCCUCUUCUGUACUUUCCUGGAGAUAGGAUUGAGGGCCACUGCUGGUAGUCUGGUAACUAGAUCUCCUACGGUUGUUGUCAUUGCCCAAGUUUGGACUUGGCAAAACCACACAAACAGAUCUGGGACCAGGCUACACUGCUGUUGAGAGAUUCACAUUGUUUACAUUGAAUAUGCAAGGGAUCAGUCUGAUAAAGGGCUUGUAUCAUUGAGGCCUAUCCAAUCCUCUAGGGCUAUAGGUUCUGUGGAUUGGUUUGACAUGAGGACCUUGGUCUUCCUUACACCUUCUAUAUCUCUAGCAUCGCCGGCGGGGAACUGUUUGCGCGUAUCGUGGAUGACAACUUUGAGCACACGGAGCCCACCAGCGCACGCUACAUGCAACAGCUCCUGGAGGGCAUGCGGUACGUCCACCGGCAGAACAUUGUCCACUUGGACCUCAAGCCAGAAAACAUUGUGUGUGUGGACACCACGGGCACGCGGAUUAAGAUCAUCGACUUUGGCCUGGCAGCCAAACUAGGUGAGUGGGUUUGGGGUAGAGUCUAAUAGUAUUUUCAAACUGUCAUGCUGACCCGAACGUUACUUUGCUACUUUCCUGGAUCAGAUAUUUUGUUUGCACAGUACAGCUUGGCUCAGCUCAACUCAGUAGUGUGAAAAGGGUCUUCAUAGUGUCCUGCAGAUACUAGGGCCAUGUGCAGUAGGGCACAACGUUGUGGAAUGUUCAGAAUCAGGUCAAAAUAAGUAUUGAGUAGAACAGACCUACAGUACCUUCAGAAAGUAUUCACACCCCUUGACUUUUUCCACAUUUUGUUGUCUUACAGUCUGAAUUUAAAAUGGAUUACAUAGAGAUUUUUGGCCCUGGCCUACAUACAAUACCCCAUAAUGUCAAAGUGGAAUUAUGUUUUAUUUUAUUUUUUACAAAUUACACUGAACAAAAAUAUAAACGCCACAUGUAAAGUGUUGGUCCCAUGUUUCAUGAGCUGAAAUAAAACAUCCCAGAAAUGUUCCAUACUCACAAAAAGCGUAUUUCUUAUUUUGUGCACAAAUUUGUUUACAUCCAUGUUAGUGAGCAUUUCUCCUUUGCCAAGAUAAUCCAUCCACCUGACAGGUGUGGCAUAUCAAGAAGCUGAUUAAACAACAUGAUCAUUACACAGGUGCACCUUGUGCUGGGGACAAUAAAAGGCCACUCUAAAAUGUGCAGUUUUGUCACACAACACAAUGCCACAAAUGUCUCAGGUUUUGAGGGAGCUGCAAUUGGCAUGCUGACUGCAGGAAUGUCCACCAGAGCUGUUGCCAGAUAAUUGAAUGUUCAUUUCUCGAUCAUAAGCCGCUUCCAACGUUGUUUUAGAGAAUUUGGCAGUAUGUCCAACCGGCCACACAACCACAGACCACGUGUAACCACGCCAGCCCAGGACCUCGACAUCCGGCUUCUUCACCAGCGGGAUCGUCUGAGACCAGCCACCCGGACAGCUGAUGAAACUGUGGGUUUGCACAAAACAAGAAUUUCUGCACAAACUUUCAGAAACCGUCUCAGGGAAGCUCAUCUGCGUGCUCGUCAUCCUCACUAGGGUCUUGACCUGACUGCAGUUAGGCAUCAUAACCGACUUCAGUGGGCAAACGCUCACCUUCAAUGGCCACUGGCACGCUGGAGAAGUGUACUCUUCACGGAUGAAUCCCGGUUUCAACUGUAUCGGGCAGAUGGCAGACGUGUGGGCGCUCGGUUUGCUGAUGUCAACAUUGUGAAAAGAGUGCCCCAUGGUGGCGGUGGGGUUAUGGUAUGGGCAAGCUACGGACAAUGAACACAAUUGCAUUUUAUUGAUGGCAAUUUGAAUGCACAGAGAUACCGUGACGAGAUCCUGAGGCCAAUUGUUGUGCCAUUUAUCCACCGCCAUCACCUCAUGUUUCAGCAUGAUAAUGCACAGCCCCAUGUCGCAAGGAUCUGUCGCAAGCUGAAAAUGUCCCAGUUCUUCCAUGGCCUGCAUACUUACAAGACAUGUCACCAAUUGAGCAUGUUUGGGAUGCUCUGGAUCAACAUGUACGACAGCGCGUUCCAGUUCCUGUCCAUAUCCAGCAACUUCGCACAGCCAUUGAAGAGGAGUGGGACAACAUUCAACAGGCUACAGUCAACAGCCCGAUUAACUCUAUGCGAUGUGUCGCACUGCAUGAGACAAAUGGUGGUCACACCAGAUACUGACUGGUUUUCUGAUCCACACCCCUUCAUUUUUAAGGUAUCUGUGACCAUCAGAUGCGUAUCUAUAUUCCCAGUCAUUUGAAAUCCAUAGAUUAGGGCCUAAAAAAUGUAUUUCAAUUGACUGAUUUCCUUAUAUGAACUGUAACUCAGUAACAUCUUUGAAAUUGUUGCAUGUUGAUUUGUUCAGUAUAAUAAAAAAUGAAAAGUCAAGUCUUCAACCCCUUUGUUAUGGCAAGCCUAAGUAAGUUCAGGAGUAAAAAUGUGCUUAACUAGUCACAUAAUACGUUGCAUGGACUCACUCUGUGUGCAAUAAUAGUGUUCAACUGGACUUUUUUAAAGACUACCUCAUCUCUGUAUACUACACAUUCAAUUAUCUGUAAGGUCCCUCAGUCGAGGAGUGAAUUUCAAACAAAGAUUAAACUACAAAGACCAGGGAGGUUUUCCAAUGCCUCGCAAAGAAGGGCACUUAUUGGUAGAUGGGUAAAAAGAAGCAGACAUUGAAUAUCCCUUUGAGCAUGGUGAAGUUAUUAAUUACACUUUGGAUGGUGUAUCAAUACACCCAGUCACUACAAAGAUACAGGUGUCCUUCCUAACUCUGUUGCCAGAGAGGAAGGAAACUGCUCAGGGAUUUCACCAUGCGGCCAAUGGUGACUUUAAAACAUUUACAGAGUUUAAUGGCUAUGAUAAGAGAGAACUGAGGAUGGAUCAACCACAUUGUAGUUACUCCACAAUACUAACCUAAUUGACAGAGUGAAAACAAGGAAGCCUGUACCGAAUAAUUUUUUUCUCCAAAACAUGCAUCCUGUUUGCAACAAGGCACUGAAGUAAUACUGCAAGAAAUGUGGCAAGCAAUUAACACUUUUGUAUUCAGGACAAAAAGUUAUGUUUGGGGCAAAUCCAAUACAACACAUUACUGAGUACCACUCUCCAUAUUUUCAAGCAUAGUGGUGGCUGCAUCAUGUUAUGGGUAUGUUUGUAAUCGUUAAGGACUGGGGUGUUUUCAGGAUAAAAAAUAAACAGAAUGCAGCUAAGCACAGGUAAAAUCCUAGAGGAAAACCUGGUUCAGUCUGCUUUCCACCAUACACUGGGAGAUGAAUUCACCUUUCAGCAGGACAAUAACCUAAAACAUAAGGCCAAAUAUAUGCUGGAGUUGCUUACCAAGAAGACCGUGAAUGUUCCUGAGUGGCCGAGUUACAGUUUUGACAUAAAUCUACUUAAAUCUAUGGCAAGAUCUGAAAAUGGUUGUCCAGCAAUGAUCAACAACCAAUUCGACAGAGCGUGAAGAAUUUUGAAAAGAAUAAUGGGCAAAUGUUGCACAAUCCAGGUGUGGAAAGCUCUUCGAGACUUACCCAGAGAGACUCACAGCUGUAAUCACUACAAAAGGUUAUUCUACACAGUAUUGACUCAUACUUUUGUAAAUUAGAUAUAAAAAACAUGUUUUCACUUUGUCAUUAUGGGGUAUUUUGUGUAGAUAGGUGAGAAUGUUUUUUUUAAUCAAUUUUGAAUUCCGACUGUAACACAACAAAAUGUGGAAUAAGUCAAGGGGUUAUGAAUACUUUCUGCGCACUGUACCUCUGAUAAGUAGAAUGAUGAGUCAUGUCAGCUCUUUAGAAUUGUAUAACUUUAGCUAUCUACAGUAGUUGAAUGAGCCUGUACACACUCAAAUUAGACGACACCUUUUAGCAUGAGAAGACAUGAGCAACAAUUACAUUUAGGUGUAUUUUAUCUCAAAUGUUUAUGUGGGAGCACAUUACAUUCAAGGUUUAUAUUUGUUUCUUUACUUUAAAAGCAGUCUAUGGACUGCAAAUAUCUCAAUAUGAAACAUACAGUGCAUUCGGAAAGUAUUCAGACCCUUUGACUUUUUCUCCACAUUUUGUUAAGUUACAGCCUUUUUCUAAAAUUGAUUAAAUUGUUUGUUUCCCUCAUCAAUCUACACACAAUACCCCAUAAUGACAAAGCAAAAACAGGUUUUUAGAAACAUUUGCAAAUGUAUUAAAAAUUAAAAACUGAAAUUUUACAUAAGUAUUCAGACCCUUUACUCAGUACUUUGUUGAAACACCUUUGACAGCAAUUACAGCCUCUUCUUGGGUAUGACUCUACAAGCUUGGCACACCUGUAUUUGGGGAGUUUCUCCCAUUCUUCUCUGCAGAUCCUCUCAAGCUCUGUCAGGUUGGAUGGGGAGCGUUGCUGUACAGCUAUUUUCAGGUCCCUCCAGAGAUGCUCGAUCGGGUUCAACUCCUGCGUUGUCUUGGCUGUGUGCUUAGGGUCGUUGUCCUGUUGGAAGGUGAACCUUCGCCCCAGUCUGAGGUCCUAAACGCUCUGGAGCAGGUUUUCAUCAAGGAUCUCUCUGUACUUUGCUCCGUUCAUCUUUGCCUCGAUCCUGACUAGUCUCCCAGUCCCUGCUGCUGAAAAACAUCCCCACAGCAUAAUGCUGCCACCACCAUGCUUCACCGUAGGGAUGGUAUUGGCCAGGUGAUGAGCGGUGUCUGGUUUCCUCCAGAUGUGACGCUUGGCAUUCAGGGCAAAUAAUUAAAUCUUGGUUUCAUCAGACCAGAGAAUCUUGUUUCUCAUGGUCAGAGUCCUUUAGGUGCCUUUUGGCAAACUCAGAGUGGGCUGUCAUGUGCCUUUUUACUUAGGAGUGGCUUCCGUCUGGCCACUCUACCAUAAAGGCUUGAUUGGUGGAGUGCUGCAGAGAUGGUUGUCCUUCAGGAAGGUUCUCCCAUCUCCACAGAGGAACUCUGGAGCUCUGUCAAAGUGACCAUCGGGUUCUUGGUCACCUUCCUGACCAAGGCCCUUCUCCCCUGAUUGCUCAGUUUGGCCGGGCGGCCAGUCUUGGUGGUUCUAAACUUCUUCCAUUUAAGAAUGAUGAAGGCCACUGUGUUCUUGGACACCUUCAAUGUUGCAGAAAUGUUUUGGUACCCUUCCCCAGAUCUGUGCAUCGACACAAUCCUGUCUCGGAGCUCUACAGUCAAUUCCGUCAACCUUGUGGCUUAGUUUUUGCUCUGACAUGCACUGUCAACUGUGGAACCUUAUAUAGACAGGUGUGUGCCUCUCCAAAUCAUGUCCAUUCAAUUGCAUUUACCACAGGUGGACUCCAAUCAAGUUGUAGAAACAUUUCAAGGAUGAUCAAUGGAAGCAGGAUGCACCUGAGCACAAUUUCGAGUAUCCUAGCAAAGAGUCUGAAUACUUAUGUAAAAAAUGUAUUUCUGUUUUUUAUUUGUAAUAAAUGUGCAAACAUUUCUGUUUCUAUUUUCACUUUGUCAGUAUGGGGUAUUGUGUGUAGAUUGAGGAAUUUUUAUUUAUUUAAUCAAUUUUAGAAUAAGGCUGUAAAAUGUGGAAAAAGUGAAGGGGUCUGAAUACUUUCCGAAUGCACUGUAUCUAGAUAUGUAACAUCGCUGGACUAUCCCUUCAAGUCAACAGCUACCUUUUGAUAACAGCUUGCCCAUGAAAUGGACACACGCAGAGGAGGCUGGUGGGAGGAGCUAUAGGAGGACAGACUCAUUGUAAUGGCUGGAAUGGAAUAAAUGGAAAGGCAUCAAACGUGGUUUUUACAUAUGUUGAUAAGUUCCAUUUAUUCCAUUCCAGCCAUUACAAUGAGCCCAUCCUCCUAUAGAUCCUCCCAUCAGCCUCCAUUGGGCACUCAAGCAUGUGAGCAGAGUUCAGCAGUUGGAAAUCCUGCUCAUCGCUCAUGGAGCAGUGCUUGCACACCACUUAGGCGCUCCAUGUCCUUUCCUACAGCUCAGCUAAAAACCGCUCCAUGCUCACAGGAACGAACUCCCGCUCUAAAUUCACUCAUUAAUUAAAAUCACAAUAUAACCAACACCCAUCUGUUUUUGUGACUUCCUGGACCAACCAAUUUGUUAAGUAUUGAAACCAAACCAUAUGGAUUUGAAUGAAAAGUAUUUGAAAAAACAUGAAAAGUUGAAUGUAAGAAGCUAACAUCAUUUCAAAUAGGCUACAUGUACAGUGAAGGAAAAAAGUAUUUGAUCCCCUGCUGAUUUUGUAUGUUUGCCCACUGACAAAGAAAUGAUCAGUCUAUAAUUUUAAUGGUAGGUUUAUUUGAACAGUGCGAGACAGAAUAACAACAAAAAAAUCCAGAAAAAAGCAUGGCAAAAAUGUUAUAAAUUGAUUUGCAUUCUAACGGUAGCUAAAGCAAGGGGAUAUUUGCAGCACACCAGUAGACUACAUGCUGGGGCGGGCAUGCCCUGAGCUCACUUGUGAAGUGAGCGCUACUGGAUUACCUUUGGUAAUCUCGCUCCAUGCUCCAGUCAAAUUGGGCACGCUCUGCUCACAUACUCUGCUGGGCACACACUAUCGCAGGGGGGCAGAGGUCAGUAAACGGGAAAGGGUAGUCCACAUAUCCUGCAGCUACACUGGCUAGCAUCGCUAAGAACAAUGUCUAAUUGCUGACACAAAAAAGCAACGUUUGGAAAAAAAUUGGUAUGUGGAUGAAAGUCAUGCUUAGGCGAAUAAACUAUAAAGGGAAAUAAAUGGCUACAGUUUAUAGUUUUAGUUAUUUCAUGAAAUGUUGUUUUUAGAAAAGGGGUGUUUUUUUACCUACUUGUAUAUUUAAAAAACUUCAUUGGAACAUAUCUACAACUUUUUUUUUAAUGUCAAAUAAUUAGAUCAACUUACCACAAAAUAAUUUUGUUGCAAUAUCUCCAAAAAUUGUGAUGAUACAGAGGAAAUGUUUUGUUCAGUAAGAACAGUGACAGCCAGGGGGCUAGUUACCCCCCUACUACCGUACUGUAUUUAGAUGUGAAAUUCACUUUGAGUUUAUUCAAUUUUGAUUUGAUCCGCUCUGUACAGAGAUGGAUGAAAAAUCUUAAACGCAAUGGGCACGUUACAGGUCGUCUUUAUUACAGGCGCGUUGCACAAUUAACCAGAUCUCACAACACCUGGAGAAGUGUUUAACAUCUCAGAAAACACAUUAACAUGACACCACAGUCUCCUGAGACUGCAAUAAAGAGAACCUGGAACGUGCCCAGUAUCAAUGUAAUAACCUUGACCAACAUGUUUCUCAUUUGUUUUCCUCUCCGAUACAGAGCCUGGUACUCCACUGAUGGUGAUGCAUGGGACGCCAGAGUUUGUGGCCCCGGAGGUGAUCAGCUACGAGCCGGUAGGGCUGGCCACGGACAUGUGGAGCAUCGGAGUCAUCUGUUUCAUCUUGUGAGUUAUGAACAGGCCUACCAACUUGCUUCUAUUCAAGCACACCAUGGUCCGGUGUUCAGUAGUGCACACUGUAGAAAAAAAUGGGCAAUGGAUGCAGGCUGACUUAUACAUGUAUGACCCUGCUUCUCUGCUGCCUACCAGGCUAAGCGGUGAAUUGCCCUUCCAAGGUAACAGUGACGCAGAAACCCUGGGCCUGGUGACGGCCGCCUGCUAUGAGUUUGACCAGGAAAGCUUCGAGGACAUCUCGGACCAGGCUAAAGACUUCAUCACCUCCCUGCUCAAGAAGGACACAAGGUUUGUCUCCUACUGUCAGGAUGUUGGCUGCCUGGAUGACUGCUGGCUGGUAUCCAUAUUGUCUUAUGCACUGGGGACAUGUGUACGUGCGUGCCUGCACGUUUAGUCUGUCAGGCUAGAUUUAUACUCCACCAAAAUGUUCUCCUUAGCAAUACAUUACUGACACUUGCUUAGUUACAUACUCUGGCAUGCACCCAAAUUAUCAGUGUGGAGACCUCUGUGCGGUGUGUGGUGAAGUCACAGAGCCUCUAUGGAGUAAAUCUAGUGGAGUAUAAAUCCAAAGAAAUGGUUAACAAAAUGCUCCAGGAGUUGGAGCAGGUUAUCUGUGUUGUGCUUGCACUUGAGUGUGAAACAAAGAGAGAAAUUGUAUAAUGGUGUGCUCUUGCCCCUCCCCAAACCCUGACCCCGUCUUCAGGGGUAGGCUGUUGUGUGAUGAGGCCCUUGCCCACCCCUGGAUGGCCUCUUUUACGCAACUGGUCCGCCGGCCCACCAAGUCCCUCAAGAAGGACAAGAUUAGACGUUUCUUGGCCAAGCGCAGAUGGAAGGUAUAUCCAUAUUACCUUACACAAAUCUAUUCUACAUGUCACAUUCUAUUUCAAAUGUUUUCUGCCCUAAUGAACACGUCCCUGGCCCCAUACUGUAUGUGCUGAAGCCAGCUCUUCAAUCGUUAUCAUGUCUAGCCAUACAAACAUCUUUGGCAUGACUAUGAACAAACAGAGAGAUGAGUGGGCUAAAGCACAAACAGACUGGGCCAGCAGGCUAACUCAGCAGUGACUGAACCAACAAGGGAUCUGUUAAUGGCGUCGCAUUGAUUCAAAUGGCAGAUGCUUGGUUCUCAGUGAUGUUUUAUCCCUCUCCAUAACUAAAGAAAACGGGCAAGGCUGUAAUAGCACUGCAGAGGAUGGCCAACCUCACCAACAGUCCUGACUCUCCUGGAAGCUCUGGGGAGGGUAAGAGAGACACGUCCAUUGACCAUCCAGGGCUCAAUGUCAGUGUUUUUCCUUUUUAAUGUUAAAUCAACAUCUGAAAAGUGGUACGCUCAAUGGUAGUUGCUCCUGUUUAUUAACCUUUGUUGGAAGGUGACAGUAUUCUUUUCCCUCUCUCCUCCCACCACCCAGAGGCUAGCUGGAGCCCGGAAGCAGAGCGGGCCAUCCAGUCCCUGGAUCAGGAGCUGCAGAGUGAACCCCGCUUCCAGCAGGCCCUAAGGGACACCAGCCAGCCCCGGGGAUCUACUGCCCGCCUGGCAUGCCGCAUCCAGGGUAUGAUUGGUUGGAAGCUCAAUCAAGAGCAGUGGUUGGGGCCAAUUUGAAUUUGAAAGUCAAUUCAGGAAAUAAACUGAAAUUCAAUCAUUUAAAAAAUGUCAUCUAUUUCCAAUGACUUCUCAAUAAAUGGAAAAGGAGAAGCUAUUUUUCAAAAGUGUUUCCAUUUUGGCAUUUUCAAAUCAAAUCAUUCCGAUUUGAGCGACUUCAGUUAGAUUUGACCUCAACCCUGCUCGAAACCCAUUUGCUACACACACGAUCAAUGACAGCACUCUGUCGCUAGCUAAGCAUUCUUCCCAUCGGCUUGCUCAGGAUAACCCUUGUGAACUACAACGGUUUAAUUUGAACCCUUGUAUCAUGCUCUUGUUAUUGUAACCUUAGUUUUCCAUCGCUCGUCAUUUGAACCCUUGUCUCCCUGUCACUCACCAUUUUAACUCUAUCCCCGUCACUCGCCCUUUGAACCAUUGUCUCGCCCUGUGGCUCGUCAUUUUAACCCUGGUCUCUCACCGUCACAGGCUACCCCGAGCCAGAGGUGAUGUGGCUUAAGGACGAGAGGCCCGUAGAGUCGUCGUCGAGGGUUACCGUGGAGUACGAUGGCAUGUGUGAGCUGGUCCUGACUGACCUGGGACCUGCCGACUCUGGGAUUUACAAGUGCAGAGCCACCAACGACCUGGGGGAGGCACUGUGCUCAGCCAAACUUACAGUGGAAAUGUAGAAUGAGAACACAAAACAACUACGACUGGAUCCCAAUUCUACACCGUUUUCCCCAAAGAUUUAACAAUGGUGGAAACUCCCUAGUAGCCGAUGAUAACACCAAUCCAAUGUUUUGAAUCCAUAAUGGGAAGUGUGGAAGUGUACACUUUAGGAGAAGGGUGGGGAAUCGGGAUGCAGCCUACAAUCAAUGUUGGAGAAGCUACUCUGAAAAUAUAGUUUACCAAGCUACCAAUUACUUCACACUGGAAGAAGUUAAGCUAGGUUACUUAACUAAAGUUACUUUGAAAAAGUAGUUCACUACAUCCAAACUACUUCAUGAAAAAUUAUCAUAUCAGAAAUGUCAUAGAAUACAAAUUGCAAGAACUGAUCACUCUUGUUAACAGAAUGUGUAAUUUAUCCUAUUAAGCACAAAAACGUUUCAAGUGAGAAUUCGUUAGGUCUGAUGCCCGAAAAAGAAAGGAAAUUGCCUACUUCACCCAUAUUUUAGCAAAAUAAAUAGUGUGUAGUUCCAGUAGUUAGCUACAUGGCAAAAAAGUAAUUAACUGCUGAAAACACUACCAAGAUUUUAAUUUAAAUACCACCAAGCUAUUGCAAAAUAUAGUUUAAUUAGUAAUUGAACUACAUGUAGUUCACUACUCCCCAACACUGCCUACAAUGCAAUCUAGAAGGUGACCACCAUGGUCUAAAAUGUAUAAUUGUUGUGAACUGCUCUGAGAUGGAAGAACUGGACCAGCGAAAGCAAUUGUUGUAUCCAUUUUGUGUUCAGUAGGACAUUGUAGAGAAACCCUUUGCAAAGGAAAAUGAAAGUGAACGUUUAUUGGGCAAGUACCUUCUCCUUUCAUGACAUUUUUUUUAUUGCUUUUUCUGUUUUUGACCCCGAUAUAGAUUGACCACUGUCGGUCAUGUUGCUUGCACAUCUCCAAUGAUUUCAGAUCAUUGCAAGAUGUAGGAGAGAUGAGAAAGCCACUUUAGACUUGAGAUACAUUAAACUGUCCAUGGAUGUCAAGGGUGGCUCAAAAAAAGACUCACAGAUGUAAUCUCUGCCAAAGGUGAUUCUAACAUGUAUUGACUCAGGGGUGUGAAUACUUAUGUAAAAUUUAUUUUCUGUAUUUCAUUUUCAAUAAAUGUGCAACAAUUUCUAAAAAUACGUUUUCACUUUGUCAUUAUGGGGUAUUGUGUGUAGAUGGGUGAGAAAAAUAUUUUAUCAAUUUUGAAUUCAGGCUGUAACACAAGAUGUGGAAUAAGUCGAGGGGUUCGAAUACUUUCUGAAGGCACUGUAUCUACACACUCCUAAACUGGUCCCAGAUCUGUUUGUGCUGUAUAGCCAACUAGCCGGUGGCCCCGCACAUUGACUCUGUACUGGUACCCCGCUGUAUAUAGGCUCCCUACUGUUAUUUUAUUUUACUGCUGCUCUUUAGUUAUUUGCUUCUAUUUUUCAAUUUUUUACUUAACACUUUUUUUAUUCUUAAAAAAAACUGCAUUGUUGGUUAAGGGCUUGUAAGUAAGCAUUUCACUGUAAUAUCUACUACUACACCUGUUGUAUUCGGCGCAUGUGGCAAAUAACAUUUGAUUUGAUUUGAGUGUCACUAUCUGUUGAUAGUAUCAUGUUUAAUUUAGCUUUUCUCAAUCUAGAAACAGCACAAAAUUACUCCUACAUUUUUAUUCCACAAUUCCUUAUAAACAUCCCAAACAAUUUUUCACUAUACUCUUCCCCCAACACUUUUUUUUGACUUAAAGCUAUACUUAAAAUACUUGAUUGACCCUAAGCCGUACAAAAGAAAACAGUCAAAAUGCCCACCACUAUUUAACUCGAUUUAUGCAUUCUUGUGUCUGAAAUAUAAGUAUUUACAGUACAGUUUAGUCUUUAGAGUAUAUUAUACCAAGGAUUGUCUGAUGUCCGCUUGAUCCGUUUAAACAUGUUGACAUUCAUAUAAAACCAAGUCGUGAGGGACCAUUUUUGUUUGUUAAAAUAUAAACAGCAAAUCUUUACCUGACAAAGCACAAACUCAUUCACUAAGUAGUAACAUUAAGAACUCGAUUCAAUCCGUAUCACGGAAGAUCUGCGGUAUAGCGCUAUUUAAAUUUAAAGGCAAUGUUUUUUCCCGCGUUCGCAGAGACUGCAUUCACGGUAAAUGCUACAUAUGUCGGCGCAAUCGGAAAUUACCUUUAAAUCUAAAUUGCGUUAUACCGCAGAUCUUCUGUGAUACGGAUUGAAAUCGAGCCCUAAUUCUCUGGCCAUGUUUCGUCUCCCACUAUAUCCACCCACAGCGAAAGCAUUGUAAAUUGACAAAGAAACAACCAUUUUUAAACGAGUGUGUGAAAAGUCGAUCAGACAGACACACUGGGGCCAUACUUGUGAACAUUAGAAACAGUUUAAAUGUAAACAGUUCCUCCGUCUCACAAUGCACAUCAUCCAAUUAAAAUCGUAGAUUUACUUGCACGUGAUCGAACAUUACAUUGCAGCUGGUCGCAUCAGAUAACCUGGCACACCAGAUGACAGUAUUUAUUUCCUGGAAGAAAUUCUGCAUCAGCCAAUUGCAAAUGUUGACCUAGAUGGACAUGAACAAACCCUUUUCCAUAAGAGUGUCCUUAACAAAGUCAAGCACUCUCGUUAUCAUCCUACAGAUGGCAGUAUUGCGGUAACGUUAUUUGAAGUUUAUCGCGAGUCCGGACUCGAACCCACGUUAGUGAGCGUCCACACUAGAGGAAAGUUUAUCGUUCUACAGUACACCUGUCAAUCAUCUGAUCAACGCAUCCUACUGCACGCUGUAGGCUUAUUGAUAAGGUCAUAACACAGACCAUUCAGUGCUUUCAGAGUGUGUUCAUUGUCAUAGUGCCAACUGCAAAUAAUACUCCAUUGUACAUAUAAUGAAAAAUAUAAAAACGUGUAUUUACAUGUAGCAAUUCAACAGCAAACACCGUUUAGCCUGCACAUCUUUUACAGCCUGUCAUUGCUUGCCUAGUUGCUCAAAGCUCCCCUAUUGAUUAGGCCUACAUUUAAGAAAAUUAUUCUACCUAAGCUACAACACAAAGCAAUGAGGACUGCAUUAUUGUUAUCAAGUGAGUAAACAAUUGUGGUCUAUAGGCACAUUUUUAUAACCACUCAAAUGUCCUGUUUUGUUUAAUGCCGAAAUAACUGCAUACAGCCUAGGCCUGAUUACGCAACCAUUUGGCUCAGUUAUGGGUCUAUUCUAGACAGUAUAGAAGGUCCAGAAAGGUAUAUUAGCAAGCCACUCAUAAGUUGUAUUUUGUCAGGAUGUAUCGGUGCUAAGAUACCAUUGGAAAAUAUGGACUUCUUCUGACAUAGAUGUCUCUCUCAUCUUUCCAACUCCCCGGCAGUUCUUAAAGCUGUAGCCUAUUUUACAUUUACAUUUUAGUCUUUUAGCAGAGGCUCUUAUCCAGAGCGACUUAAAAGUAGUGAGUGCAUACAUUUGUAUAUUGCCGUAGUUUUUUUUACAUUCAGCAAGCAAGAGCAAGCGUGCAUCUCUCCUACGAUAGGCUAUUAUUCAUCAAUAUAAGUCGAAAUAAGUGUCCAACAAGCAAUUGUAAUUUGGCUUUUACUGGGAAUCUACAAGAUUGAAGACGAAUAGCCGAGGCAGCGAAGAUGCCAGGUGCGUAAUUGCGCAUUAAAACAAUGACCACAGACAGGCUCGAAAUGUGUAGCCUAAGUUAGAAGUGUAUGCAUAUUAGGCCAUAAUUCAUUAGCUCAAUGUUAGGCUUAAUACUGCAGUGAAUAUAUCCAGUGAAUAUACACAGUGAAAGAAAGGGGCUGCGCUUCCAGGCCUCGAGCACGCAGUUUGAAAAGCUACCCUAUUGAUUAUAUUUUAUAUGCAUUUUUAUAAUAAUCUACUUUGUCACAUAUGCUUUAUUUGACUCGAGGACCAACAUUGGAGCGUUUUCUCCUUAAAUAAAAACCUUGCCCUGAGGGAGAUUCGAACUCACGGCUGUCAAACCUUGCAGUCUCUGGGCUUACAUCCUUAGUGGAUCACACCACCAAUUAGUCAUAGCUGUAAGGGUAAAUUACUGCAUUUUAAAGAGGUAUGAAUAUAAACGUACAUGUUGUAUAAUCCUUCUACAUCUUUACUGCUGUGAAAGCACAUGAAUGUGUGUGAAAUGGAUAGGCAAAAAUGUUGGAUUUUGUCAUAUGUGAAAAUGUGAACAUUUUGUUUAACGUUAGUACUAGUAGCCUAGUCAAGGAUGUAUCACUGCAAUAUUGGCACACAACAUUUUGUUACAGACCAACGGAACAAAAGUAAACCUUGAAUUUGUAGGUUUAAAAUAUCCCUUUGGUGACCGGGGUAUUUUAAGAAAUGCCAUAGACGGGUUAGCUUACAACAUCACAAAAACAAUGCGUACACUUCAAUGGGGCAGAAGUCUAUGUUGUUGUGAUUCUGGAUGGCCAGAUAGCUAGCAACAAUAACAAGAAGCUGCCAUGUUGUUUGCUCAUUUCAGCUAGUUUUAUCUUGUUCUUGAUACCAUGUCUUGUUUUGAGGUGUUUUGACUGAUGUCACGUCUAUGCUAAUAUGGCUGAAAUUUGAUGUAACAAUGUAUUUGAGAGGCAACAAGUGCUCAUUGUGCAAUAUAUUAAUGUUUCCAAUAAAAAUUGAAGACAAAAUGUAGUUUACAUGUUGUCAACAAUCUAAGCCAACCCUGUCUGUUUUGCCCCAUAAUUGCGCAUAUCGGUUUUGUUGCUAAACAACCAACAUGUCUAUUGGUUGUUGGAUAUAAAGUCUAAGAUAUUUGAUAGGCUGAUGAGGAAUUUUGUUCCAGAAAAUAAUCACUCAUCUGGUGAGGUUAACAUAGGGCUAACGUGUGCCAGGUUAUCUGAUGGGACCAGCUACAAUGUAGCGUUCUAUUAAUGAUUUUAAUUGGCUGAUGUGCAUUAAGACGGAGAAACUGUUUACAUUUUUCUAAUGUUCGCAAGUAUGGCUCCAGCGUCUUUUGCAGGUGUAAGAUCCUCCGUGGGGGGUUUGUGGUUGCGAUGGCACACCAAAGCAACCGUUGUGGCGCUCCUUUUAAGGCAGACGUCCCUAACAUGAUUGCACCCUGGCCGUUUUGGAGCCACCCUCAUCCCUUGCAGGGCUUUACAGUCGGUGUGUGUGCAGUUCACUGUUGAGGUGGUGUAUGUGUAUGGAGGUCUGGCUCAGGACGGUGGCUUCGCUCCUUCCCAUCUCUGUUGGAUCCGCUUC